AUGGCUCUGCGGGGCGCCGUGCUCUGCUGCGUGCUGCUGAGCGCCGGGCCGGGCGCCGGGCUGCCGCUGGCGCGCCGCGGGGCGCCGGGGCAGUUUUGGCAUGUGACUGACUUACAUUUAGAUCCUACUUACCACAUCACAGAUGACCACACCAAGGUGUGUGCUUCAUCCAAAGGUGCAAAUGCCUCUAACCCUGGCCCUUUUGGAGAUGUCCUCUGUGAUUCUCCAUAUCAACUUAUUUUGUCAGCAUUUGAUUUUAUUAAGAAUUCAGGAGAAGAAGCAUCUUUCAUGAUAUGGACCGGGGAUAGCCCUCCUCACGUUCCAGUACCUGAACUCUCAACAGAUACUGUUAUAAACGUGAUCACGAACAUGACAACAACCGUCCAGAGCCUCUUCCCAGACCUGCAGGUUUUCCCUGCACUGGGCAAUCAUGACUACUGGCCACAGGAUCAGUUGCCCAUAGCCAGCAGUAAGGUGUACAAUGCUGUAGCCAACCUCUGGAAACCUUGGCUCGAUGAAGAAGCUGUUAGUACCUUGAGGAAAGGAGGAUUUUAUUCACAGAAAGUUACAAGUAAUCCCAACUUGAGGAUCAUAAGUCUGAACACAAAUCUAUACUAUGGCCCAAAUGUUAUGACCCUGAACAAGACUGACCCAGCAAACCAGUUUGAAUGGCUGGAGAGCACUCUGAACCACUCUCAGCACAAUAACGAGAAGGUGUACAUCAUAGCACAUGUUCCUGUGGGCUAUCUACCAUAUUCAAGUGGCAUCCCAGCCAUGCGGCAGUGCUAUAAUGAGAAGCUGGUAAACAUUUUCAGAAGAUACAGCACUGUCAUUGCAGGGCAGUUCUACGGACACACCCACAGAGACAGUCUCAUGGUGCUUUCAGAUACAGAAGGAAAUCCUGUAAAUUCUGUGUUUGUGGCUCCUGCUGUAACACCAGUGAAGGGUGUUUCCCAAAGAGAGACCAAUAAUCCUGGUGUCCGACUGUUUCGGUAUGAGCCUGGCAACUACACAUUACUGGAUAUGUUGCAGUAUUAUUUGAACUUGACAGAAGCGAAUCUAAAGGGAGAAUCCAACUGGACACUAGAGUAUAUCCUGACCCAGACCUAUGAUGUUCAAGAUUUGCAGCCACAGAGCUUACACAGAUUAGCUAAGCAUUUUGCUGUCCCAGACAGCAAGCAGUUUCUCAAAUACUACAAUUAUUUCCUUGUGAGCUAUGAUAGCAGUAUAACUUGUGAUACAAAAUGUAAGGCCUUACAAAUUUGUGCAAUUAUGAAUCUUGAUAAUAGUUCUUAUAUGGACUGCCUUAAACAAUAUUCUAUAAAGCAGAGUCACUAGUAUUUGACAGAUUGUGUUCACAGAAAAUGUAGCAUCACUCUGCUUCUGAGAUCAACUGUGGGAAUUAUUAUGCAAAUUUGGGUGUAAUAUUGAGUGUACCAGCAGAAUUACCAUCUUUGCCUUCUUUAUAUGAGGCCCAAAUAGAUGUUAUAAUAUCCUAAAUUUGUAUUGUAUUGAAAAUAAUUCAAGUACAUUAAUAGGAUGAUCAUUGAAUGUAAAUAUCUUGUCUUCCAAGUUUAUAUAAAAAUUAUACUUAACUUAUGCUGUCAUUUAAAUUGCCAUUUAUAUAAUAAAGAUGAAUACUUCUCUCUGGG